CUCGUUCGUCGACUUGGGCAUAGAAGACUGCAACUCGACGCGACUGGCCCAAUCUCCAUCCAGAAAGCCGUGGAGGCGGUGUCGGAGCGCACAGGCGCAGCGUUGGACAUUCUAGUGAACAAUGCCGCCGGCGGCUACCAGACCUGGACGAGGCACGGCUGCUGUUCGAGGUGAAUCUCUGGGGCGUGCUGGCGGUGAUGCAGGGGUUCGCGCCGUUGCUGGUGAGCGUUGCCGUGGAAAGCGAAGACGUGAAUGGGUGGAAAAGGAGAAAGGCGCGGGCGGUCAAUAUCGGGUCCGUCGUGUUGCGGAGGAGCGUCCCAUGGCAGGGGAUCUGCACGUCUUUUCUGGUCUCUACCACCUACAACACAAAUAAAGGCACCCUGUUCUCUCUGAACGACACCCUCCGCCUCGAGCUGCGGCCCUUGAGCAUCGAGCUCCCGCACAUCGUCCCGGGUGGCGUUCAGACCCAUUUUCACGCCAAUGCCAAGGGGUAGAAGCUACCCGAGACCAGUGUGUAUCUGCUGGCCUCUGCCACAAUCGAGUGCAACGUCGCUGGCCAUCGGGCUAGGAAGGCGCAGCAUGUUAUC